GUUUUGAUCAGUUUUGUUAUUGAUUACAUUGUAAAUAUUACUCUUAUUUUUAAGAAAACGAGUAGACAAUAUUUUUAACUAUUCCAAUGAGCUCAAUUCAGCUAGCAGAGUAUGUUUUAUGGAAGUCCAUUAAGCAAAAACGCGAAGAUGAAUACGAAAAUCAAGAAUCACAGUUUUCAUUAAGAAAAUCUGACGAGAUUGUAUUUCCGAAUGAGAUGAUUUGCAGAGUCUGCACUAGCCCUGCCGACAUACCUAUCACAAGCAAAAUUGAUGGAAUUGAUAUUUCGUGUGCAAUUAGAACUGUAUCUUAUGUUUGGGUAAGUAGUGCAGAUUCUUACCCGAAAUAUAUCUGUAAGAACUGCUUAGAAGAACUGAAAGUGGCCUUAUCCUUUAAGAAAAAAUGUGAGGCUUCAGAUUCAUGGUUUCGCCAAACACAAUCCAGAAAAGCUUCUUCAGAUUCAUGGUUUCGCCAAACACAAUCCAGAAAAGCUUACAAUCAUGCCGCCUCAAUAGUGAAGCAUGAUUUCACCUUUAUCAUUAAUCAAAUGAUGGAAAGAAGAUCCAGCCGGCUUGCUAUUAAGAGAGAACAUGGGAGUAGUAAAAGUAAGAAAGUCAAUGUAUGGGGUCUUAGAGAAACCAAUGUAGGAAUUAAAGACACAUCUAAGAAAACAAUAAAAUGCCAAAGGUGCGACCUCACAUUUGAUUCAAAGGAUUUGUUGAAAGAGCACCGUGUCAAACAAAACUGCAUUUGUCCUCCUUGUCCAAUAUGUGGGAAACUUGUCUCUAACCUGGGAAGACACAAGAAAACUGUACAUUUGCGGACUGAGAAGUACACCUGUCACAUUUGUGGCAAAAUAUGCUACACAGCAGGGUCAUUGAGGAAUCACUUGUUAUUACACUCAGAUAAAUGUAAUUUCCCCUGCCCAUUGUGUCCAUACAAAGGCAAGCAGCAGGCUUACCUAACUCUUCACAUGAGAAUACACACAGGCGAGAGGCCCUACUUGUGUUCCGAGUGUCCUGCAAAGUUCGUCAACCCAAGCAACCUGAGGAAACAUCAGCUCACACAUUCUAGUAAAAAGUUUGAGUGUAGUAAAUGCAAGAAACAAUUCCGGUUAAAGAAAUCACUACAGGAACAUUAUGACGCUGCCCAUUUAAAUGUUAGAUAUAGAUGCACUGUUUGCGGUCGCGAUUUAUGGACAAGGCGGAAACUGCUGAGUCAUGAGUUAAGAGUACAUAACCGAGAAAAACAUAAGUUGUAUAAAGAAGUGCAUAAAGUUGUCCUCAAUGAUAAAAAUGAUUGAGUAUAAUAUAGUACAUGUAUACUCAGAACUUUCUUUUAUUUAUAC